AUGAAGAGGGGAGCCUAUGACAGAGCAGUGAGCACAGAUCUGGAGCAGCUGAAAUACCUUAUUGAACCUUCAGAGCUCAGUGAAUCCCUGUCGCCAUCCUUACUGCCAGCACGUGGUACCAGCCAUGUACCAGAGAAGCUACUCAAUGCCCACUGGCUCACGCUGGGUCCUACAAACAGCUCUGCACGCAUUAUUUUUCCUACAACUCCACAGAAUAUAACAGUGAUUCAGCAUAGCCCUCUGAUCCUAGAAUGUGUAGUAAGUGGCAUCCCCACCCCACAAGUCAGAUGGCUAAAAGAUGGUAGAGAACUAUCUAGCAACAAGAGGUGGAAACUCUUUCACAAUAACCUGGUUGUUGAUCAGAGCAAAACUUUGGAUGCUGGGAGUUACUUAUGUAUUGCUGAAAAUGGAAUGGGGGAGCUAGUGUCAGCAAACUACACAGUUACUGUUCAUGAGCCUGCUACAAUCGUCAAAGGACUGCAGGAGCUGACACUCUCCGCAGGAUCUACAGCACGUUUAGCUUGUGAUUAUCAUGGAAAUCCAUGGCCCAAUAUCACCUGGUACCACAAUGCAGUCACUAUUCAAACUGGCAUUCGUCAUUUCGUCUCUGGAAACAGACUAAAGAUUGUGGGACUUGUUGCUGAAGAUGCUGGGAUGUAUCAGUGCAUGGUGGAAAAUAAGAUUGAUUCAACGCAGUCGUCAGCUAGGCUCAUAGUCCAAUCAGAUCAAGGUACAAAACCUGUGAUUACCUCCCCACCUGCCAAUUUGAGAGUGACUGAAGGAGAGUUUGUUACAUUGACCUGCAAUGCUACUGGUCAGCCAACACCUAUCAUCCGCUGGUUUGAUCGGCACGGACUAAUCAGCAAUCACCCUUCCCAUAUUCUCCGGUCGAAAUCUCGGAAUGGUCAACUGUCUGGCAUGGGAAGUACCAGUUCCAAUACACCUCACCUCACUAUGUCCAGAGCUGGAUCAAGUUCUCUUUACAUACGCAUUGCAUCAUUAGAAAGUUCUGGACUCUACAUUUGUGAAGCUUCCAACAAAAUGGGUUCAGUACAAGCAGAGGCCUUUCUGUCAGUUGUUCCCUUUGAAACAAAGGUCAGAGUUGAUGACCAAGAGCCCACACCAUCAGUGAGAAGUUCAGAUAUUGUUCAGGGUGAUGAAGGUGAUGAAACUAUCGACUAUGAUUAUGCCUAUGACAUUAUGUCACCAGAACACCAGCCAACGAAAGAACCCAUCUCCCCUGUGCCCACGCAAAAGACUCCACCCGAUGCUCCCAUCAUUCUCAGUGCUCCAUAUACUACCAACCCAGACAGCUAUGACUUAAUUUGGAGAGCAGGAAAAGAUGGUGGCUCACCCAUCAAUGCCUACUUCGUCAAAUAUCGCAAGCUUGACAAUCGUGGGAAUAUGUUGGGAAACUGGUACACAAUCCGAGUUCCAGGCAGUGAGAAUGAAUUGCAACUUGCUGAGCUUGAGCCUUCUAGUCUGUAUGAGGUAUUGAUGGUUGCAAGAAGCGCUUCUGGUGAAGGACAGCCAGCCAUGCUGACAUUCCGAACUGGCAAAGGGCGGUCCUCCACCUCAAGGAAAAACUCUCGAACAUCGCAGCCCGUCGGAGUUCCCAAACAAACACCAGUUGAGGAUAAGACUAGCACUAAUUUUGGUGUGGUAAUCCAUGAUCCAGCACGACACAGCAGAGUUCCUGAGGCACCAGACCGACCUACAAUCUCAACUGCCUCAGAAACCUCUGUGUAUGUGACUUGGAUUCCAAGAGCAAAUGGGGGCUCUCCCAUCACCUCGUUUAAUGUGGAAUACAAACGGAUAGGAAGGAACAGUGAAUGGCUAGUGGCAGCAGACAGCAUCUCUCCAUCCAAACUCUCAGUGGAAGUCCGUGGUCUUGAACCAGGUGCUGCAUACAAAUUUCGUGUGAUUGCCAUUAACGCCUAUGGUGAAAGUCCUAGAAGUGCUGCUUCACGACCAUAUCAAGUGGCAGGAUUCAGCAAUCCAUUUUCAGCACGUCCAAUCGCAGGUCCUCACAUUGCUUAUACUGAAGCUAUAACCGACACCCAGAUCAUGCUGAAAUGGACGUAUAUUCCAUCCAGUAACAACAACACUCCCAUCCAAGGAUUUUAUAUCUAUUACCGGCCGACCGACAGUGACAAUGACAGUGACUACAAGCGAGAUGUAGUUGAAGGGAACAAACAAUGGCAUCUCAUCAAACAUCUGCAGCCUGAAACCUCGUAUGAUAUCAAGAUGCAGUGUUUUAAUGAAGGUGGAGAGAGUGAAUUUAGCAAUGUCAUGAUCUGUGAGACCAAAGCACGGAGAUCCCUUGAAUCUUCUGAAUACUCUGUGGUGAUGGACAAUGACAUAAGUACACAACCUAAUCUCCCUGACCGCCACGGUGGUGGUCAUGGGACAUCCACUUCUGGCGCACGGAGCAACGAUAUGUUGUACCUGAUUGUGGGCUCAGUGUUGGGGAUCAUGGUUCUCAUUCUCAUUAUUUUCAUUGCGAUGUGUCUGUGGAAGAAUCGUCAACAGACAGCACUACAGAAGUACGAUCCACCUAACUACCUCUAUCAAGGCCAAGAGGUAAAUGGCCAGCUAAUGGAGUAUACCACCUUGCCCGGCACUAGUCGAAUCAAUGGAAGCAUUCAUGGCAGUUACAUUGGUAAUGGAAGCCUCGGCAAUGGCUGCCCACACCUGCACCACAAGAUCUCAAAUGGGGUGAAUGGAUUGAUGAAUGGAGGAAUAAAUGGAGGAACUCCAAUGUACCCUAACCAGACAAACUCACUGCAGAGAGCCCACAUGGACUAUGACCAAGCUCACCAUAUUAUGAAUGGUGGUGGGAUAUAUACUGCACUCCCACAGACAGAACCAACAGAAUGCAUCAACUGUCGCAACUGCAGGAAUAACAACAGCAGAUGUUUCACUAAAACCAAUGGCACUUUUCCAAGCAAUAAUUUACCCAUGAUUCAGCGGACGCCAGCCUGCCGUCAAGAUGGUAUGGAGAUGUUACCUCUAAAUCAUAUUAUUGCUCCAUUGUGCCCUGGAUCUAUUGUCACUGAAAAUAAUGAAGAGGCAGAGUGUGAGAGUACAAAAGAAAGUUCCCAACAAACUACUCCUCAAGACUCCUGCUGCAGUGAUCAUCUGGACCAAUCAUGUGAGGACAAUAUACAAGAUGAUGAAUAUCCUGAAUUGGAAACUGAGAAUCAAACACUAAGUGACAAUUUUCCUCCUCCUGACUUUGCUCCAAUAGACUGUGAUAAUCCAACAGCCUGGAGUGAAACACAACCUGCUGAAGACAACCUCUGCAAGGACUCGACAGAAGAACAACUACAGGAAACCUAAGAGGCCCGUUCCCUGUUUGCCUGAAGCCAGUAACUGCAGCCAGUCACUGGCAGGACUAAGGAGGGAUCAAAAAAUACUAUUUAUUUUUUUGUAGUGGUAAAAUAUUACUCCAUAUGAAUGUAUCUGGUUUAAAGAUGUCUUCACCCUUUUUAAUUAUUUAUGCUUUCUGAAGAGAUAUUCCUCUGCAGAAUGUGGAGUUUUAGCCUUGUUUUGUAUAAAGUUUUGUAAUAAUAUAAAAAGCUAUAGAAAUUGUUAAUUAAUGUCAGAUCAGGUCUAUCUGGUGGAAUGAGAAGCACUUGUAAGGAGAACAUUUUAAGAUUCAAAACCUAGACAAAGAUGGAGGGAGCUGAUCCCUGAAAGAACCCAUCCAACGGGUAAUGCAAUCGGACAGUCUGGUUGCAAUGGAACCUUAAUAUGAUGCAUGGGAUGCAAAGUUACCAAGCUGUUGUAAUGAGGUUUGUGAAAGUUUCUUUAAACUUAAUCCAUUUUCAUGGACCAGCUUGAUUUCAGUCAGGUUGAAAGCUCAUACCGCCAUCCUCAUUGUAACCGUGGAUCUACUACCGAUUUUUUUUAAAAAAAUCAUUUGCAAUAUUACGUUCAGAUCAGACAGUGCUUCACCACAAUGAGCUUCUAUCAUUUAACACCAUCUCAGAUUAGGACAAGAUCUAUUGCAAUAUGUCCUACUCCUUUCUAUCCUUGGUGCUUGCUGAUCUGACUGAAAUCGGGCAAGUUGGCUGCUUAUGCCAUUGUGGAAGACAACAUUUCCAACUAGUACUUUUCUUGGUAGUUUCAAUCAACAACAGUAGAAACUCACAUAGUUGAAACAAGCAAUGUGUUGUCUUGUCUUCUCAAUUCUUAAAGACACUAAUGUGCAUUUUUGGCAGCUGGAAUUUCAGUGCUGAAUUUGCAUCCUGGGAAAGCAAUCAACACUGCAAAGCAAAACAUGUGAUGUCCAUGUUGGUGGAGGUAGAGAGAUUCACCAGUUUUUGUUCAUGCUAAGAAAGCAGAUGGCCAGCAGGCCCAACUGCACCAACUAACCAAACCAACUGCUACUGACCUAUCCCCUCCCUACCUCCCCACCUACACUCUCUCUCCACCUAACUUCUUUACUCUCCAUCUUCGGUCCGCCUCCCCCUCUCUCCCUAUUUAUUCCAGUUCCCUCCCCCCAUCCCCCUCUCUGAUGAAGGGUCUAGGCCCGAAACGUCAGCUUUUGUGCUCCUGAGAUGCUGCUUGGCCUGCUGUGUUCAUCCAGCCUCACAUUUUAUUAUCUUGGAAUCUCCAGCAUCUGCAGUUCCCAUUAUCUCUGCUACCAUUAUAAUGUUUUGUUUUGGGAGUGUGACAAAGGUUUAUGUUCAGUUGCCUGGUGAAUGCACUUUUUGGAUGCAUUUUACCCACCUGAUACAGCAUUAACUUUAAUUAAUUGAGGGAAAUUGAAGUUUCAUUGAAACUAUUUGUACUUGGUUGACAUUGCAGCCUUAUUAAUAUAUUGCGGGUUGACUCUCUUGGCAUUGCAGUGUGCAAACCAUUUUCUGAUUUCCUUAUUGAUAGUUAACCUAUAUUAUACUUAUUGUGACAUGAAGUUGGUAAUUAAUGAUGUGUUCCAUUUUCAGGCAUAUUCUGUUUGUAUUAGCUUUGAGCCUGGGUAUAACAAAGGAGAACCAUUGGGGUUCCAGCAUGUGUGCCAUCAAUUUCUGCAAUUUGUUUACUGGUACUGGGGGAAGCAGCAAAGAAAGAGUUUAUGAUUCUGCCUGUUUCCAUUCAGUGUUUGUGUUACCAUUCCACUGCAAUCAACAUUUCUCCCUCUAAUCGGUUUCAUUUUUCAAUGCUGCCAUUGGGUACAAAAUUUCCCAUAUCAUUUAUCAUUUCAUCUUAUUUAAUAUAAUACACAUCACUAUGAGCAUUGUUCCCACAAGUAAUAAUGAACAUCUUUAAUGUUUGUUGUCAAAUUAAUUGGGAAAAUACCUCAGUUGCACCACCAUAGUGAUGAACAAGCUGGAAAAAAAAAACUGGUGACUAAUAAUGUGAAAGCUGGCUUUUUAUUCCAACAGAAACAGAAUCCCAGGCUUAGAAUGGUGGGUAGAUGAUAUGAGGGAGUUGAAUAGUUGGUUUAUGUUACUAAUGGUUGAAUGGUUAUGGCAUGAAAACUGAUUAUUGCAUGAUUCUUACAGUAAAUGGUCAAAAAACAAACUAUAUGUAUGGAUAAGCAAAAUCUAUUUGGUGUAAAUAGGAUGCUCCAAGCUGCUUGCACGGUUACUAUAAUUUACUGGCUGCUGCAAUUAAUUUUCUGCUACCUUUGAGUGAAAACAUGGUGUUGAAAUAUUGUAGUAGAUGCAGGUUCGAGGAUACCCAGUAAUGUUCAGAAGUCUGAAUGACAGAGUGAAACGAGGAUAUGGUCUCCAGGUCUGAGUUUUGAAGAAAAAAAGCAGGUGGCUAGUGCUUUAAGUGAGAUCCUGCAUUAGGAAUUAGCCAGUCCCUCUGCUUUUUCUCUGCUGCCGUUUCGCUGUGUAUAUACAAUGCUUCCUAGGUUUUACCACUUCUGCUUUUUUAAAAAAAUCUAUAACCACCGUGCUUGUGUGUACGUAAGCAUAAUACAGGACUAAGACACUACAAAAUGAGAGUGAACACAACAGAGGAGUUGGAUACCUCAAAAUACUGUUAUCAGGCAUGGCCCCUAAAUGUUGCACAUCAUCAUGUGUGAAUUUGGUGAGGUUUCUUUGCUUUUUGAAUUCUCUCAUUUCAUUACUCCCAUGCAAAAUCACUAAUGGCUGCAUUUUCAAAUAGCAUUGCAAUCUGACGGCCCCGUGAACAAUGCAGAGGUGCCCCAAUUAGCCAGUGACUAAAUUGCAAAAAGAUUAGCAAAUCAAUAUCAUUUAAAUUGGUAAACUCUCUCCACAAAGUGCCAGCAAACACAUUUGCUCACAUGAGAACUUUGGGAAUUGGUGCAUUAUCAAUUAUGUGGCUUGUAGAAAGAUUAUUCAAUUUUUGCUUAAAUCAUAAAAGAAUAUCCAACCCUGCAAAGUGCUUUUAAAGUGACCUUAAUCCUGCAGGCUAGGAGGGUCAAGGAUCAGAUGAUCAUUAUAAAAUUCCCCGUACAAAAAUAUUUUGGCAUGCUGGUUACUUCAUUUGUUAAAUUCUGUCUGGAAUAUUUUAAAUAAAAUAAGUGGGCGACACGGUAUCUCAGUGGUUAGCACUGCAGCCUCACAACGCCAGGGACCCAGGUUUGAUUCCAGCCUUGGGUAACUGUCUGUGUGGAGUUUGCACAUUCUCCCCGUGUCUGCGUGGGUUUCCUCGGUGUUCUGGUUUCCUCCCACAGUCCAAAGAUGUGCAGGCUAGGUGGAUCGGCCAUGCUAAAUUGCCCAUAGUGUUCAGGGGUGUGUGGUUUAUAGGGGAAUGGGUUUGGGUGGGAAGCUUCAAGGGGCGGUGUGGACUUGUUGGGCCAAAGGGCCUGUUUCCACACUGUAGGGAAUCUUAAAAAAAACUGUUGAUACUAUACCAUACAGAUGUUUAUGGCAGAGGAAAUGAAAGGGUAUUGUUUUUCCUAUUUAGUCAUGGUGCUGAGCCUCACCAGCUGCGGCUUUAGUCCGGAAAUCUCUCAGCCUACAACUCUGGGUCCACUGUAACAAUAGAAGAGCAACAGUUGGCCCGGCUGCUCAGAGAGGAACAGGUUCAGUCAGGGUUUUUACUCCUGAUCCAGUGAGCUCUUCUGGGGAGUCUGGGGUCUAAGGAUAUUUGUUGAUUGUCAAACUGAAUUCAUCCUGUCAUAAUUUUCAUUAGGAUCCCAUUGACAGAAAGCCAUGGGCUCUGUGCAGUUUCUUGAAUUAUGCCCUGACUGUGAGGUUCCAUGCUGAGGGCAUCUAAUGAUGAAAUAUUACCUCCAGCCUCUACAACAUGCUGCAUUAUAUCCCUAUAUCUUUGUCCCUAGUACCGAUUUGUUUCAUGAGAAAUCAAACUGGCUGAAAUUUUCUAUAUUUGUACUCUUGCCUGUCACCCUCUACCGAAAACAAAUAGUGCUGUCUUUUUUAAUGCAUGUUUUUGUAUUAUAUAGAAAAUAUGCUAUAUUUUCAUAAAUGGUUGUAAUAUUCUUGUUGAAAUUGUACAUAUUUUUUAAAUAUGAUAGCUCAAUGAAAUGUUGUUUGUAAGAUACUGUUAAUAUUAAAAGAUGAUACUGUUGCCUUCACUUACUAUGGGUCGUAGUGCUGCAGCAGUACCAUAUAGCACCCAGAA